UUGAGCGCGAACUCACUAACAGGCGCUUGCGAGUCUGCAAUUCCAGGCGCUCUCAUCGUCAGUAUCCAACACCCAUGGCGCCCAGCGCCCCUCGGAAGUUUCCCCGGUCAUGGGAUGCCCUGACGCCGCCCCUCGCGGAUUUCAUCCUCGAGGCAGUGGCGUCGAUGGGCUUCAAAGAACUCACACCUGUCCAGGCCGCCACCCUCCCCCUUUUCAGGGGGAACAAAGAUGUAGUGGUUGAGGCAGUCACCGGCAGUGGGAAAACGCUGGCAUAUCUGAUCCCCGUCAUCGACAGGCUUCUCCGGAGGGAAGAUGUUAUCAAGCGCCAUCAUGUCGGCGCCGUCAUAGUGUCGCCGACCCGCGAGCUGGCCACGCAGAUUCACAGCGUGCUCACCUCGAUAAUAUCAUUCCACGCGCCAUCUGCGGGCCUUGUCCCCUUCCUCAAGGGCGACGAGAAGCGGCCAGAAACGGCGGUGCCCGUCCUCGUCUCGCAGCUACUGGUCGGCGGCACCGUAAAGGCGGCCCAGGACCUCUCAGCCUUCCUGCGCACCAGCCCCAACAUCCUGGUCGGGACCCCUGGCCGGCUCGCCGAGCUGCUGUCGUCGCCGCACGUGCACACCCCGCAGUCGUCCUUCGAGGUCCUGGUGCUGGACGAGGCCGACCGCCUGCUGGACCAGGGCUUCCAGAACGAGCUCCAGCGCAUCCUGGGCUUCCUGCCCAAGCAGCGCCGGACGGGACUGUUCAGCGCCAGCGUCUCGGAUGCCGUCGGUGAGCUGGUCCGUGCAGGGCUGCGGAAUCCGCAGCGUGUCGCCGUCACGGUCAAGCGCUUGACCGACGGCGGCAUCGUGGAGGAUAUGAAAACGCCUGCUAGCUUGCAGAUGUCGUACCUCACCGUGUCUGCGAGCCAAAAGUGGCCGGCGCUCAUUCAGUUCUUGAACAAGGUGAAGCCAACACCAUUAAGGACUAUCAUAUUCGUGUCGUCUUGUUUUGCUGUCAAAUACUUCCACGCCGUAAUCGCCUUAUUACUUCCCAAGGGAGUAUCCUUGAUUCCAUUACACGGAAAACAGGAGCCGCAAGUCAGGGAGAGAUGCUUCGAUCGCUUUGUGGGAUCUUCCAGCCCGGCUGUUCUACUCACCACAGAUGUGGCGGCUAGAGGUCUUGACAUUCCCCAAGUUGACGUCGUAUUUCAGUUUGAUCCACCCUCAGACCCCAAGACGUUCCUCCACAGGGCUGGGCGUGCUGGCAGGGCAGGAAGGCGGGGACUCGCUGUAGCUCUGCUGCUGCCUGGCCGUGAGCAGGACUACGUGGGGUUUCUCGAGGUCCGAAAGACACCCAUCACCCCACUCGAGAAUCCGGUUAUCGACGUGUCGAAGGAGGAGGUUUCAGCGUUCGCAUCAGCGGUCAGGAAGCAGGCGCUUGCUGACAGGGAGGUGCUCAUGCUCUCUCAGCGAGCAUUCGUGUCCUGGGCCAGGAGUUACAUCGAGCACAAGGCCACCAGCAUAUUCCGCAUCACCGACAUCGACUGGGUAGACAUGGCCGAGGGGUGGGGUCUGCUGAGCCUACCCAAGAUGCCCGAGCUCAAGGGCAGCGGCAUCGACCGGGGCCUCGGCCUCGGCAUAGACCUGAACAGCGUCCAGUUCAAGGACAAGACCAAGGAGAAGCAGCGGCAGAUCGAGAUGGCCGAGGCCGAGGAGGCGAAGAGGAGCGGCGGCGCCGCGGCGGCGGUCGCGGCCGUGGCGGCGAAGAAGAAGAAGAACGAGGCCUGGAGCGGCAGGCAGGGGCAGGAGGACGUGCGGGUAGCCCGGAGGGAGAAGAAGAAGCGCAAGCGGGACGCGGAGCGGACGUCCAAGAUGACGGACGAGGAGAAGCAGAAGCAGCGCGAGCUCGAGGAGCUCCUCGGCGAGGUCAGGAAGAAGACCAAGCAGGAUGCUCUGCACGAUGACGACGCCGAGUUUGGCGGGUUUGAUGACUAGACCAUCUCCUCGCGAUUGUCAAAUCACAGGCGCGCCCAAAAAGCGAGCGAUCCAUCCAAACGAGUAAUAUUUACACGAAUACGUUAUUCCCUCAGCAUGCUAUCCCGGGCUAGAGCGCACGCCGAGCGGCUUCUUUGAGAAGCUCAGGCGGAUUCCGCCCUCGGCGCUAUUGUGCAGCUUGUAACCAUACAAGUCGUGGAGCGCCUUGGUCGCAAAAGAAACGUCCUCAAACUCGACAAGGCACAUAGGCCCGCUCUGCUUGGUACGGAGGCAAAUGCGCUUGUACCCCCUCUGGUUGGAAAAAAUUCCUUUGAGCUCCUCCUCAAACGUAUCCAUAGGCAAGUUCCCGACGGAAAGGGUAUUGCAGGGUAGGUUUUGAUCCGUCGAGUUGAAGGGCAGGAGAUUAGGGCGCAGGAAUCCCGAUAUAGGUUCCACAGGUGAGGGUCCGGACGGCACCAUGGAGUCGUCGGUGUUGAGCGAGAUGUAGCGAUCGCCGCUGGAGCCCGCAGUCGCACCAGAGGGAACCCAAACCCCUGCAUAGUCGCUUGGAUCCUCUGGGACUGAAGAGUCGGGUUUGUCCACAUCACCGCCACCCGAGGUGUAGCCUGAGUCUGAGGCCAGCAUCGGGUAAUAAUCGGCAAGCGACCCGCUCGAACCGAGGAAGUCGAGGUCGUCGGCCACCAUGUAUGGGUAGCUCUGGAUAUCGUCCCACGCGCAAAGCUCGUCAAACGGCCCAGCCCCGAACUCCAUGGGUUCAGGUGGCUGCGAGGCCACUUGGGCUGCUGGAUCGCCUUGGUCCGGCAAGAGACUGUUCUCGGAGCUGGACUCGUCGUUCAGGUCCGGCGCCAGGUUUACCGACGCAGCCGGUACCGGCCCGGCCGCCUCGGGUUGGGCCGCCUCGGAUUCCUCGAGCUUGCGGUAGCUUUGGAGGAGGGUCAGCUGAAGGCCUUGGACCAUGUUGAUGACGCGCCUCUUCAAGCCCUCCUCGACGAAGUUGAGCUCCCGUUCGACUUCCUGCUCGAGUUGCCGUCUCACCAGGGGCGGCAGCUCCCUUCGAAGGUAGUCUUCGAAGCCCUCGAGUUCGCCCUUGUUCAAGUCGUUGUCCUCGUAAUCUACAAGCAUCCGUCAUUGUUAGCGUAGAUAAGACAGACCUGACGGUCCUCUGUUAGUCACGGCCAUGACAGCUUACAGGGGCUCGGGAUCUCCUCCUCGCGCACGUCGGGGAAGAGGAUCCGGUACAUCUGUCGCCACUUCUGGGGCUCGGUCAGGUCCUCGACGCCGGCGGCGCGGUCCUUCUUCCGGGACCGCAACUGCUUCUCCUGCGCCUGUGUGAACCCGUCGUGCAGCUCGGGCUCGCGGACCCCACACGGCUCCGGCGCCCUGGCGUGCGUGCUGAGCUCGUCCUCGGCCUCGAAGCGCUCGCAGCAGCGGGGGCAACUGUAUCUCG